GUACUUGAAAUGAUCUCAAAAUAGUCGAAACUUUUUUUGUGUAUGACUCUAUGGAUAUUUGAAAAAAAUCCAUUGGUCAUCCUUUUUUAUUGUUAAAUUUUGAAAUAUUUUAUUCUAUUUAUGUCUUAAUACAAGAUUCGAUUAAAGUUGUGUGCUUGUGUUUUGAUGAAUGAACAUGUAAGAAAUUCUAUUUGAUGUGAUUGAACUUGUACAAAGCAGUAUUAUGUCGAAUGUAACAUUGGCAGAGAAAAAUUCGGGUAGCGAAAGUGCUACGCCGAACGAAACAGUGCUACACAAUAACAUUGAUAAUCGAACUGAUAAGGAUUCUGGCGCUAAUUCAUUAAAACAAACGAGCGUCAUGGUUGACAGCAACGAAAAUACUUCCGUCAAUUCAAGUGGCAAUGAACUACAAGUGUCAAAAGUAAGCAGUAGCCAUUCUGAACAGUGUUAUGCCAUUGAAAAAUCGAAAUCCGGUUCAAAAAUAUCGGAUAAAGCCAAACGAAAAGCAUGGUACAAUGUUAUUUAUCCGUCGUACAAAUCACGUUCAGAACAAUUCAAAAAAUUGUUCAAAGACGUUCCAGAUGAUCAACGAUUGAUUGUCGACUAUUCGUGCGCUUUACAACGUGAAAUUUUGGUGCAUGGUCGAAUGUAUGUGUCUCAGCACUAUAUGUGUUUCCAUGCCAACAUUUUUGGAUGGGAAACCUUCCUAACUCUGAAAUGGAAGAAUGUGACCGCUCUGACAAAGGAAAAAACGGCGCUAGUGAUUCCAAAUGCUAUUUUAUUUACAACCGAAACCGAAAAGUAUUUCAUCACGUCUUUCGCUGCUCGAGAUAAGACAUACCUUAUGUUAUUUCGAAUAUGGCAAAAUGCUUUAUUAAAUAAAUCAAUGUUGGCGCAGGAGAUAUGGCAAUGUGUUCACAAUGCAUACGGUGAACAACUGGGCCUAACGAGCGACGACGAGGAGGAUUAUAUUGAUCCGAAGGAUAAACCGACCGAAAAAGAGGUGGAAUCGUUGGCUCAUGCACAAUCCAAAUGUUCGACAACAUCCGAAACGGAAACCGAUCAUUCAUUUGACGGCAGUCUGUGUGCAAAGGCGAUGUCAUCAACCGCGUCUAGUAGUGGUGCUGGCGAUUCAUCGACGCUGCGACCAAAUCAAUCGAAAGUGAGGACACGAAAUGAUUUGGAAGCCAACGAAAUUCCGACCGAUGCAUCUAAUUCAACCGAUUCCGAUGAGGAAAACAGUGUCCCAUAUGAAUGUACAGCAGAAUGUACAUCAAUGCACGAAGGACGACAAUUAGUCCAUACAAUUCUUCCAAUAAACGUUGAUAGCCUACUCACGAUGCUUUUUUCCAAAUCCAAAUUCUUCGCCGAAUUUCAUAAUAUGCGCAAAACAACAAACAUGGUGUAUAGAGACUGGAUCGAUAAUGGAGACGGCACGAAAUCUCGAACAAUGAAUUUCACCGUAGCUGUUACACAGCCCGUUGGCCCAAAAACUUCUAACAUAACCGAGAUGCAACUGAUGCGUGACUGUAGUGUACCUGGUCAAUUGUAUUCCAUUGAUGUGACUGCACAAAAUGCUGGCAUUCCUUAUGCGGAUAGCUUCACCAUCUCACAACAUUACUGUCUGCUGAGAACUGUAGACGAUCACACAAUGCUGUCCGUAUACGUGCAAAUAAAGUACACAAAACAUGUAUGGGGUGUAAUAAAGGGUUUUAUCGAGAAAAACGUUUGGUCCGGCAUGGAGAAUUUUUAUAAAGAUUUAGUAAAAGCACUGCAAAGCGAAUAUUGCAUACCACCAGCCAAAUCGAAAAGCCGACGCACGAAAAGAGCUCUAUCCCAAAAAUCAGUUGAAGAGGCUUCUAGCAAAAGAUCUUCAUUAAAAUCAACAGCAAAAACAGCUCCGUCACAGUUAACAGUUUCUCCGACAUCGAACACUCCAUCCAAAUGGAAUACAAUGAGCACGCAAUGUUCGGCUGUCUCAGUUCCAGACCAUAGCAAGAGCGAACGAAGUUUUUCAACAUUCAGCAUGUUUUCCAUUUUUGUUGUAAUAUUAAUCGUCACAUUAGUUUUGCUCAAUCUCUAUUUACUCGCCGAAUUGUAUGCUUUAAAGCAUAAACAAGCCGAAAGCAUACAAAUAGAUAAAGAAUUGCUGGAAAAAUUGGCAGCGACUGGUGAUCCAAAUGAAAUGAAGGAAAAAUGGCUAAAUAUGAUGAACCAACAGAAAAUUAUACACGAGGCUGAACUUGUGAAAUGGCAAGGAUUUGUUCGAUCUGCCGUUGACUUAUUGAAAGAUGUGAAAGAAAUCUACACAAAAUUCAACUUAGAUUUAAAAACUGUUGAUGUGAAAGAUGAAUUUUGAAAUUGUUUGCAUAACGCAAAGAAAAUUAUUGGCUAAUUUCAAUUAAUAUAUGUUGAAGAAGAAACGAGAUGCAAGACAAAUGAACUAUUGAAAAAUAAAAAUCUUAUUAAUUGAUGUAAAUGUGAUUUGUAGAGUUUAGAAGAUUGUACACCAUCAUUGUGUAAUACGAUCAUCCAAAUAUAUAUGCAUUUAAUGGCAUUCACGUUUUAAAUAA